UGGGAAUCGAGCGUGGCAAGCAACAUGAGUAUAUGCAGAGACCCUACGCAAAGUUUUGUCAUGAUUCUUCAGCGUGAAAAAGUCCUCUGCGAAAAGCGCAAAUUAUAUCAGGAAGACUGAUCAGGGUAGAGAUUUGAACCCCGAAGACCACGAUGAGUACUGUUUGUUCAAGCUACUACAACGCUACCAAUGUAUACGUGAACGGAUUCUCGUGUCCUAGACCAGAAAAUGAUGCCCAGGCAAUAUUUUGUUGUGGAUUCAUCGACAUCAAGUAUUGCUGUGAUGACCCAAAUGGCUUUUUCCCAUACGAAUAUGGUUACAUGUGGUGGCUGAGUGUAGGGGCCCUUGUGGGUCUGUCGAUUGCUGCCGUUGUUCUUCUGGCCUUUCUGGUGACUGUGUGCGUCCUCUGCUACUUGUUCAUUGCCACAAAGCCCACGCACCCUGACACUGGUCUGUCCCUGGUGGCACCAGAAUCCACAGCGGCCCCAAGGAAUUCUGGGAUGGCUCCUUCUGCUGGUCCGCAGGGCAUCCGGAAGCUUUUCCAGACCUGUAAGCUGGACUGUGACAGCCAGGCGUCUGACCCUGAGCGCAUCUUCCAGCGCUGCUUUACAGCAACUGUACCCAGGGUGAGUGAAGACGGGCCCUCAUAAGGACCAUCACAGGCGCUGGACCGAAGUGGUCUGAGCAGUGGCUUAGACUGUCAACUAGGUAUGGGGGAGACAACAGCUGGAUCGGACAGCUCAGAACAGCCAAAUCAACAUCGCCAUACGCUGCCUUGCUAACACACCUGCAUCUUCUGUCAGCUCAGUCCAAAAUGGUGCUCCCUCUCCAUAUCUACUAAGGCAUAAAACCUUCAUCGCAUUGCUUGUAUUGCUUCAUCGCAUCCAUUGACAAAAAUGAAAGGGGUCACAUCACAUGAACGAAAGGUGGCUUUUAAAUUUAAAACAAACUCUCCUCAGACUCACCCCAGUUUGGCCUCAAAUAAGGUGGACAGCUGC